CUAAACCCCUAACCCCCUACCUGGAAGGGAGAAAGUGAUGGCGAAGAGUGAAACAGUAGCAAACGCAGAGCGAUUGGUGGAAGUGAUGAUGAAAGGUAACGAUGCAUCUCACGAUCCUGCUCACGCCUUCCGGGUUCGAGACCUUGCUCUCUCUCUUGCUCACGAGGAAGUCCUCUCUUCUUCACCAAUCUCCCUGGAAAUUGUUGAGCUUGCUGCACUCCUUCACGAUAUAGGAGACUACAAAUACUUGAGGAAUCCAUCAGAGGAGAAAAUUGUAGAGGAAUUUCUUGCAAAAGAGGGCAUGGAUAUGGACAAAAGUAGCAAGAUUUUAGAUAUUAUAAAGGGACUGGGUUUUAAAGAGGAACUAAAGGGGGUCUUGAAUGGUUCUUAUACACCGGAGUUUGGCGUUGUGCAAGAUGCAGACCGUCUUGAUGCUAUUGGUGCUAUUGGAAUUGCUCGUUGUUUUACAUUUGGUGGAAGUAGAAAUAGAGUGCUUCACGAUCCUAACAUUCAGCCUCGAUUGGAUUUGUCCAAGGCCCAAUACAUGAAGAAAGAUGACCAAACUACUGUGAAUCAUUUUCAUGAGAAGCUCCUUAAGCUCAAGGAUUUAAUGAAAACAAAGGCAGGGAAGAGAAGGGCCGAGAAAAGGCACAAGUUCAUGGAGGAGUUCCUACAUGAAUUUUAUGAAGAAUGGACAGGGAAAGUUUGAAACAAGGUAGAAACACCAUCUUUGUCCAUGUAUGUAUGCUAAAUUUUUUGUUUUUCUUGCAUAACAUCUUCCAUGUUAAUCGUUAUUUAUAUUCCAAACUACUCACUUUUAAACGUUA